CUUCGACCACGGCUGAGCAUCUCUCUCAGCGGUAUCCUCCUCAAUAAUACGGCCCCCAAUUCGUACACCGCUAGGGUUUCGAUCCCGAUUCCCCAUUUCCAAUGUCGGGUGACCGCUACGGCGGAGGGGGAGGCGGAGGCGGAGGCGGAGGCGGCGGCAGCGGCAGCGGCCACCGGAGGGAUCGGUACGCCGAAGGGGGAAGGCGCGGCAGCUGCUCCCCGCACCCGCAGGACCGCUACGGAUCAGGACGGCGAGGAGGAGGUAGCGGACGGGGAGGGCUCGUCGACGGCGACCGCAGCCACCCCAGGGACCGCACCGGUGGGGGUGACCACUACGGCGCAGGGGAAGGCAGCGGCCCCCGGAUGGAUCGGCACGCCGAAGGGGGAAGGCGCGGCAGCUGCUCCCCGCACCCGCAGGACCGCUACGGAUCAGGACGGCGAGGAGGAGGUAGCGGACGGGGAGGACUCGUCGAUGGCGACCGCAGCGGUGGUGGUGACCGUUACGGCGCAGGGGGCGGGGGCGGCAACGGCAACGGCAAAGGCAGCCGCAGCCGCAGCGCCCAUCCGAGGGACCGCUACAGCGGAGGCGGACACCUCUACGGCGGAGGGGGUGGGUACACCAGCGACCGCGGCCCCCCAACCUGCAGUCAUAGAUACGACGGCCAAUCGAGUAAAGAACACGGGGACAGUUUCUACAGCGGCGGGAACAGUUCCAAAUUCGCAGAUACCCCGCGCAACAACCAACACCAACCAUUGACCAGCAUGAGAUUCAUUUUAGCAGGAUUCGGGUCCCCGCUCAAGGCCGAGUACAAACAAUUGAUCAAUGGAAUGGGCGGCCAAGUUCUUACUUCUUUGGAAUAUGAGAUAGCUACACACAUUGUACCAAUGGGAGGACGAGAAGGCGCUGCCAUAGUGUGGGAACUUGACGGAAAAAGAGUAUACUCUAAAGAGUGGCUUGACUCACUGUUGUAUGUGCGGCCUAAAGCAUUAGAGGCGUCAUAUACUGGCAGGACUAGGAAUGGCAGUCAAGCUCUAUAUCCUGGGGAAAGGAGGGUAAGGAGAAGGAUCAAUUUUGAUUCAUAUCAUGAUGACGGUGCUUCACUUUGCUCCAAACAUCACGACAUAUUCAAGUGUCCGUUUGAUAAAUCCACACAAACAACAUUGCUCCAAUUCGCUGAGAAGAAUAGGAAGAAUCUGAUAUACGCAGGCCCUACCCCUGGGAGUUUUGACACUCAUUGGUCCAUUGUAGGAAGUACUGAGAUCAAGUUGAAAUUGCGAAGAGCUUUUAGACUUAUUCAAGCCCUGCAUAAGGAAAAUAUAUCACUUUGUGGAAAAUUUGGUGCUGAAAAUUUCUUCUAUGAUGAUGAUAACAAUGCAAGGAUUGGAAAUCUUAUGGAAGACAAUUUGAAGUAUGGCGCUGAUCUCAGUGAUAAGAACUUGGACUAUGAGAGCUUUGUUAAGAUGGUGAAGAAGGAGGUUUUUGUACGCACAUCAAUUCCAAAUAGUCUUUCAGAAUGGCUAUGUUUGAUGUCUUCAGGUGUCAAAGGGUUUGAGUACCUGCUCUGUCAUCAUGAUGGUUUGAUGGAACCAAGGCAGAAUGCUAGCUCAUUCAUGUCUCUCCAUGACAUUUUUUUGGAGAUCGAAACAUCUGAUCCAGCAGCCUAUGGGAGUGUGCUGUCUGAUCUUAGACAGUACAAUUAUUGGAAAAGUAAGAUGCCAAAUAAUUCCUUCCUAAAGAGCACAAAGGAAUAUAUGGAUAAAGAUGGCAAGCAAAUAGAGUAUAAGGAUGAUGUGAAGGAUCUCUUGAGGUUCCUUAGAAACUGCAGGCGUCAUGCGGCACAGUUCAAGGAAGACGAGUUUCCUUCCAUAGUGGACCAUUUCUACCCAAAGCUGAUGUGCGAUUUCCAGAAAGCUAUGUUUAAGGUCGGCAAAUUGCAAGACCUGAAUCUUGAAUCAACUAUGCCAUGAAACAUGAUUUUGGGCUACCUGGAUAUUCUGGCGCUGCUGAUGUGCAAAAAUGGUCAUGUAAGAAAAGUCAUGCCAUGUAACAAUGCCAUCAUUUGGAUAUUUUGGGUCAGCUACAUAUGGGAAACAUGGAAGCGAUGCUACUGAUGUAGAAAGAAAGAUUGAAACAAUGAUAUGUGUGCACAUUGUGCACUGCUGGAAUAAUUCUGAAAACCUUGUUAGCUUUAUAGUUGUGAAAUAUUACUGUGGGAGAAACCGCUUACCUUGUCCAGUCUGAUUGCGACAUUCAUGGUGGUUAGUUGUCUUUACACUGAGGCCAACAAAGUGUGAGCUGGAUAUGAGCUCUUUUCUUUCUCUGAUGUGGUGUGAAAUGUAAUUACUGGUGGGAGGGCUGCUGAUAUUUUGUGGAUGACAAAUGACAUUGUAGUUCAGUUUGGAACCAAAUUGCAGUUUUGGGAGUAUGUUUUUCUUGUGCAGCAAUGGCAUCGUUUGUUGAAGGCGGAGCUCAGUGCAGAGUUGCAGACACUGCCGGCUGAUACCGGCGUUCUCUGACAUGAAGUGCAGAGCCCCCGGCCAGCUGACCACAGAACAAAGGGUGACCAUGAUGAACUUAGAGCUUGCGGAGUGAUGGAGCUGUGUGUGCAGGCUGUGGACUGGACAAGACAUUCACGUCCGGCCGGAGAUGAGGUGCUUGCUGCUCAAGAGUUGAACCAUCUUUUGGAUCGAUCAGGGAAAGCCUUCCUAGUCAUGUCUUCUUCCAUGUGUACUCCUAUGUGACAGACAGCCAGCAUGCAAAGAUUUCUGCAUGCGUGUGCUCUAUUUUUCUGGAUUUAAGCAGAGGAAGCAGCGUAAUUGGAGUACGGGAUCUGUUCUUUCUGUUUGAUCUAUCCUGCCGCUUGGAAAUCGCGUGCUGUAUAUCAUAUGUGGAUGGGAGAGAUGGCAGUGAAUUGAAGAGUUAGACUGCGAGUAUACGCAGCUAGCGUCAAUGUAUUUACGAUUGGAUUUGGAAGGAGUAUACUACAUUUGGCUUACAACAGCCACCACGCUAGUAGAGUUGACGACGCGAAUACAAGAGGCGGCGGCAGCAAUAGCACUGGCGUCCACCGCCGACGCCGGCCAGGACUGACUCCAGAAGGUAAUCGCCCCCCUUGCGUCUCGCAGUUUCACACUUUCACUCGGUUCUAUGCACAUUUUGGGCUUGCUAGUAGCUAUUGAGUGACGAACACAAAAUUUAGGGUGGAGUUUGGUGCUGUGAUUGGUUAAUUAGUUCGGUGCUUUGCGUGGUACCCAUUUCGAACAUCAGGAAGUUGAGCAUAAUUCCAAGGAGGAGGUGUCCAUGGCGUACUUCUCUCGGCUCCCUGCUGGUUGUCCAUGCAGGGGGCAGCUGCUCACCAUGGACCACCGGCUGGAGGAGAACGCUAGCGGUGGGGAGGUCGCUCCGGAGUUUGGUAGUGAAUGGCCAGAUUAAAAAAAAAAAGGGCAACUUUUUUUUUAUGCAUAAUGUAUUGUUGUUGAUGCUUUGUUUUAGGUUGGCCCUCUUGGGUGCUGGCCAGGUGGCCUGUGCCUAUCAAGAUCCAUUGGCUGUAGGGGGGCGAUUUCACAUGUCGACCAAGUUAAGUUUUGAACUUCACUAUUCGGUAAAUGGAGCUCUCAAACAUUGGAGGAAGGCUGAUCAUCGAUCAGAUGGUACAUGGGAUGCGCUUCCCUCUGGGCCGCUCUGGCUAUGUAGCAGCGGCAAAGGCAUGCCGGUUGCCGAGAUUUACCUGCAGAAUUGGCUGCAAAGCUUAUGAAGGUGACACUGUUCAAUUGGAAAGCCUGCCUCUUUCGGCUCUGUGGAGAAAUUAUUUGAAGGAUCUGGGAUAUGCUGCAAGAAAAGGUAUGCUCUAGUUACUGUCGCUAUGAUCGAUCAUGUACUUGCUGAGUUAAUUGCUUCCUCACAGUUCAGCGAGUUUUCUGAUUUGUUAAGCUUUUUAAAACCAAUGGUUUUUUUUUAACUGGACGGACAUCAAUCAGCCUAUUUCCUGGAUAAUCCCAUAUGUUUAGUACUUCAAGGUAAGAUUACUUUGUUUUGAGAUGUGCUUAUAGCGCAGUAGCAGGGGUUGCUGGCAUGCAAACCGUUGGCUCGGGUUCAAUUCUCGUGGAGCACGCUCACGAGAAAUAUUUACUUAUUUCUUCUUAAAACUAUUGACAUCAAGCCCUUACUUGGUGUCCAACUUUUUAAGAUUGCUUUGUUUUCUUGAUCA